AUGGACUAAGAAGCAUUAAUGAAAAUGCUCCAAAACUUGAUGAAAGAUUAAGGAGAAAUUAAAAUUGGAAACUUUGUUAUACAGCAAUAAGAACCAAAAAGAAAUAAUACAACUAUGAUUCCACACAAUAAAGUUGACGUUCCACAAAUUAGCAAAAGCUAAUAAGAUAUCGAUUUCAUAGCGAAUAAACCGAAUGAUUUUGUGAACGAUCUGUUCUUCGAUGAACCAUUGCCAGAUUUGGAUUAAUUUAUUGAACAAGAGGUGGUAUCAAAUAUUACAAUUGAUUCAUAAACAAAGCCGAACAAUGUUUAAAAAUAGUUGUUCUCUAAAACCUAUUAGAUGAUAGAUAAAUUUAGUCCAAACCUCAAAGAAGAAUUUGAGAGUGCAUUAGAGUAUGAUUUUGAAUAAUUACUUAAACCGAAAACAUCAGAAUGUUCCUCUGAUACAAUGACAACAAUUACAGACACUACAUCUAGUGACCCUUUAAGAACCUUUUUAAUGUCAUUAAUUCCAAUGAAAUCUUCUCUAUCUCCUACAAAGCAGACCCAGAUUGAUUUUUUAUUUUUAUACUCAUAACCUCUAUUGCAAAUUACUAAUAAUUCAACAAAGAAAGUGCUGUAAAAAUUAGAAAUAAAUAAAGAGUUAAAUUCAAUAAAAGAAGUAUUCAUAGAUGUUAAAGCAGAAAUAAAAUUUAUGGCAAUUCCAGCAAGAAUGGAUAGAUUUGGAGAAGCCUUAGAUUUGAACCCAAAAGCAUUACAUUAUGCAGGUCAUGGUAUUUAUAUGGAAUCAAAUUAAUAAUCAUAUCUAUUAUUUGAGUAAUUACAUGGAGUAGCAUAAUUAGUUUCAGCAAAUCAAAUUUUAUUAUGCUUAUAAAAAUUAAAAUGUCCAAUUUUAUUUGUGUUUGUAGCAAGUUGUCAUUCAAAAUUAAUAGGAGAAGUGUUUCAUUAAGCUGGAGCUGAACAUGUAAUAUGUGUACAUACAAAAGAAUAAGUUAUGGAUGAAGCAUGUUGUGUUUUUGCUAGAUCAUUUUAUCAUGGACUAAUCAAAGGAUAAUAAACUGUUUGUUAGGCUUUUUUGGCUGCUAAAAAUUAAGUUAAAGUUGAAGGUAGAUUUCCAUAUGCUGAAGAAAAUAAAUUUCUUUUGCUUACUAAAUCUCAUCAUUAAUGUUCUACUUGGUUACUUAGAUAAGGAGAAUUUAAAGAUCUUACACCUCAUUAAAAUUAAAACAAUCUUCCAUCUGUAGUACCAAAUUUUACAGGUAGAUCUUAAUAAAUGUAAGAAGUUAUUGAUAAGAUCAUUUAAAAUUAAUUAAUUAAUAUCAAAGGAGUAUUAGGUAUUGGCAAAAGUGCUUUAAUUAAGGAAAUUAGUAUUUAUAUAGCUUAAAGAAAUAUAUUCAAAAAUGGAGUUGUAUACAUCUAAUUAAACUAAUGUGAUAGUUUUGAUAGUGUAGCUAGUAGAUUUGCUCAAAUAUUUAUGCCAAAUUUAGCAUUAUAAAGUAAUUAUGAAAUCAAAUAAUUAAUGGUUACUUAAAUUAUAUAAACUAUUAAAAAUCAAGAAUUUCUCCUUAUUCUUGAUAAUUGUGAUCUAAUUAUGCAUUCUAAUGAUCGUGAUGUUUUUGUUGAUUUUUUGGAAUUAAUAUUGGCAAAUUGUAAAUGUCAUCUAUGUAUUACCAAUAGAAGUGAAAUACUUCAAUAAGGAAGAGUUAUAAAAAUUGAAGGAUUACCUUCAGAAGAAAGUGCUUAAUUGUUUAUUAAUUCAUCCUCACGAGAAAUUACUAUUUAAGAAGUUGAAGAAUUAUUAGGUUGUAAUGAUCUUUUAAAUAAAUAUACUUGGAAUGAUAAAUUAUUAAUUUAGAAAUUUUCUAAUCAUGCUUUAUUUCAAAUCUUAGAUGGUCAUCCUUAAGGAAUAAUACUAUCUUCUGGACUGUUGGAGAAUUAUACUUUAAAAGAAUUAUAUCAACAAUUAUCUUAUAAAUAAUUGAUGGAUUUACCUAUAUCAAGUAGAGUAACAGAAGAGGAAAGAAGAUCAUUAAGAGUAUCAUUAAAUUUAAGUUGGGCUAAUUUAGAUGAAAGAUAUGAAAAAGCUGCUAUAUUUUUUGGUAUGUUAGGAUUACUUCCUUGUGGAAUUUAUAAUGAUGAAUUAAAUGAUGUUUGGGGACCAGGAUGGGAAAAACUGGCUGCUUAAUUAAUCAAAAGCUCUUUAUUAUUAUAAACAAAAAAAAAUACUAAAACCCAUUAUUGUUUAUAUAAUUUUACUGCUAAAUUUGCUGAGAGUAAAUUAGAUGCUAAAUGGAAAAGAGUUUAUCAUCAUAAUAUUGUCAAAUUAUUAUUAAAAAAGUCAUAAAUUUAUUAUACUCAAAUAGGUACUCAAGCUCAUGAUAUUAAUAAUUAACCAAAUGAAGAUUUUUUAGCCAUUGAAUAAAAUAUAAAGAGUGCUAUUUUUAGAGAAUUUGAAAUCAUCUCUAAUGGUUAAUUCGAAAUAGAACCAUAAAAAUAAGAAAAAAAAGAUGAUGAAAAUGAAGAUGAAUCCUUUAACUUACCACUUACCAAAGAAAAUUUAGAAAUGAUGCAAAAGAAAUACGAAAAUAAUAGUUAAAAAUCUCAUCUUAGUUCUAAAGUAGGUUUCACUGGCUCUGUUAUAUCUAGCUUUAAAUAUGAUCAAAUCUCAGAUGACUAUAUGACUAAUGGACCUAAAAGAAAAUCUUUUUCUAUUGCAAAAGUUGGUGUUACAAUUAGUGAAGAAGAAGAUGAAUUAUAAUCAAAUAAAGAUUAUUCAGAUAAUGGAAUGAGCAUAAAUUAUGUUGAGUCGAAGAUUUUUAAAAUUAAUUCUAACAAUGUUAAGCCUGAAAAUAUUGAUGAUUCUAGCAAUCCCUAAGAAUGUUAAAACCAAUAGUCAUAAAAUAUUUAAGCUAAUGUUCAAAGUGAUUAAGUUUAAGUAUAGAAAGUAAUAGAUCCAAAAUUUGUAAAAUCAUCACCAAAUCCUAAUCCAUUAACAUAAAGAGUUACAUUUCUUGAUUAAUAACUUAAACCUAUUACUUAAGAGAUGAAAAAGAAAAAUUAUGAAGAAGAUGAAAAACUACAUCAACCUUUGUCAAAAAGAUAAUUCAUUCCAAAAAUGGGUGAUAGGGCAAAAUCUGGUAAAGCCAAAGAGGAGUCAGCAUCUUCUACUUAAUUACCAAAUAAAAAAGACAAAAUAUAAAAGCUAAUUCUCUAUUAUUGUUAAAUAUUAUUACUUCAGAGAAGAUAUAAUGAAUGUCUAAAAUUUAUAAAUUGGGCUUAUUAAUAUUUUUAUGGAGAUAUUCUAUUUACUGCCAAUAUUAUUAAAACAAAAGCAUGUAUAUAUUAUAUGCUUAAGGAGCCCAAAAAAUCUUAAUAAGCUUUUAAAUAAGCAAAGGAAAUGUUCAUAAAAAAAGGAUGUACUUUAGGAGUUGCUUGUUGUGAAGCUGCUAGUGGUUAUAUUUCAUUAUAAGAGCGUAGUUUAUUAUAGGCUAAAGUUAACUUUGAAAAUGCUUUGUAGUUUUAUGAUUAAUUAAAUCAUGAUUUUGGAAAACAUUUCUUAAAUAGAUGGUUACUUUUAGUUAAAAAUAAAAUUUCAAGUCUUAAAAAUGAUAGAGCCAAACAUAUUUAAUAAGAAAAGAUGCUUAUUGAAAAUUUAAAGCAAGAAUUUAAGAAAGGGAUUAAAGUAGAUAAUCUUAUAUAAAAAAAACAUAAAGGAGGAGUUUUCAUAUUAAGAUGGUUAGGUGAUACAUUAUCAAUAUUUAUGGAAAUUGCUACAGUUGAAGAUUCAAAAUAAAAAGAUAUUAUGAGUAUUUUGAGAGUUGUUGAAUAAAAUCCAAUUACUAAUUAUAAAAAAAAAAAAGUUGAUGAUAUUGAAAUUAAACCUAAUACAGGUAUUAUUGCUAAACCAACUAGUUCAAGUAGUAGUACAGCUACUCUAAAAAGAUUCAAUAAAGUAUAGAAAGCUCCUGUCUACAAAUAAUUAAAUGAAAUAUAAGAAAAUGUGUAAUAAGAGGAGGAUCCAACAAUUACAUCAUUAUAACAAUAAUAAUAGAAAUAUUAAUAACAAUAUUAGUAAUAAUAAAAAACAGGUGUAAAGAAGAAUGUUUAAUUAUAAAUGAUGCCUUGUCAAAAAAAAACAAGCAAAAUUUAAUGA